CAGUUUCCAGCAAUGCCCAAGAAGAUUCUCACCGUCAUUGGGGCAACCGGCAGCCAGGGUGGCUCUGUAGUUGCAACUCUUCUCAACCACCCCAACUACACGCUUCGAGCCGUCACUCGCAACCCGCAGGGUGACAAAGCCCGUAGCCUGUCCGCUCAAGGCGUGGAGGUCGUCUCUGCAAAUCUCGACGAUGUCGAGUCUCUCAAGGCCGCCUUCCACGGCUCGCACGCCAUAUUUGGCAUGACCAACUUUUUCGAGUCCCUCAUCGUGACUCACUUUGACAUUGACAAGGCCGCACGCAUCGAGGCGCAGCAGGCACGCAACCUGGCCGACGCAGCGGCCGCCACACCGAGUCUGGAACACUACGUCUGGGCCACGUUACCCAACGCGGCACGCAACACGGACGGGCAGUGCGACGUGCCCUACUUUGCGAGCAAGAACGCGGGCGGCGACGACUACAUGCGCGCGAACCUGCCCGAGCUGUGGGCCAAGACGACCUCCGUCUGGGUCGGCUGGAACGCAGAGAACAUGACAUGGCCUCACUACACCCCUAACCCUAUCGUGACUGCAGACGGCGGCGAGUCCGUAGUGUACUAUUCGAAUGUGCCGCCCAGCACGCGCUUUCCGAUGCUCGGGAGCGUCGCGUCCAACUUUGGCCUGUGGGUGAGGGCGAUUCUGGAGCAGCCACACAAGACGCUGCCUGGCAAGGCGGUCGCUGCGAUGGGGGAGUACAUGCCACUCGAGGACGCGUUGACCACGUACAGCAAUGCAUCAGCCCGAGCAUACGCCGGUACGGCGGCCGGGGCCGAGCCGAAGAAGCCGAGGACGCACAUCAUUCAAGUCAGCGAUGCCACGCUCGCGGAGCUGUGGCCUGUCUCGGGCAUCCUGAUUGCCAAGAUGCACCGGUACAUGGCUGCUCUUGAUGGGCGGUGUUUUACCAGUGUGCACGGCGACAUCGAGGUGCUCACAAGGGCCGAUCUCGAUGGGCUUGAGGGCCUGGCGAGCACAACAAAUGGGCUCGAGAAAGUGGCGGCAGCGACGCAUAAAUAA